UGAGUGAGUGUGUGUGUGUGUGAGGGAGAGAGAGACUCGCGGAGCUGCUCCUGGACAAAAAGGAGUCGCUAAAGAAAGAGAGAGAGAGAGAGAGAGAGAGAGCGCGCGCGGGAUAAUGGCGGAGCGGAGCUGAACAGCGGGGUGAGGAUGAUGAGGAUGAGGAUGAUGAUGAAGAAGUGUUUAUUCCCGGAGCUGCUGCUUUUCUGCUGUUUCGCGCUGAGUGUCGGUUCUCCCCUGCUGCUCUUUGCUAAUCGGCGUGAUGUGCGUUUGGUGGACGCGGAGGCGGCGCGCGCAGAUUCGGCUGUGCUGGUCAGUGACCUGGAGGACGCGGCCGCCGUCGACUUCCUGUUCUCUGAGAGUCUGGUGUUCUGGACGGACGUCAGCGAGGAGGCCAUCAAACAGACGUUCUACAACCAGAGCAGCAAUGCAGUGAAAGAAGCGGUGCUGGGUUCGGGUCAGAAGGUGGUGGUGUCGGGUCUGGACUCCCCCGACGGUCUGGCGUGUGAUUGGCUCGGACGGAAACUCUACUGGACCGACUCGGAGACGAACCGCAUCGAGGUGGCGAACCUGGACGGAACCUCACGCAAAGUCCUGUUCUGGCAGGAUCUGGAUCAGCCUCGAGCCAUAGCACUGAAUCCAGCACAGAGGUACAUGUACUGGACAGACUGGGGUGAGGAGCCGAGGAUCGAGCGCUCGGGGAUGGACGGCAGCAGCAGGAGGGUGAUUAUAGAGAAGGAAAUUUACUGGCCCAACGGCCUGACCAUCGACCUGGACGAGCAGAAACUGUACUGGGCCGACGCCAAGCUCAGCUUCAUCCACAGAGCCAACCUGGACGGCACCGCACGAGAGACGGUGGUGGCGGGGACACUCACACACCCGUUUGCCCUCACACUGUUUGACGAGACGCUGUACUGGACAGACUGGCAAACCCGCUCGAUUCACUCCUGCAACAAACACACGGGCAACAACAGGAGGGAAAUCCUCAACGGCAUCUACUCGCCCAUGGACAUCCAGGUGCUGGGGCAGAAGAGACAGCCUUACAUCCACACGCCCUGCAGUGAUGGUAACGGAGGAUGUUCUCACCUGUGUCUGCUCUCGCCCUCGCCGCCGUUCUACAGCUGCUCGUGUCCGACCGGCGUCAAACUGCGCGAGGACGGCAAAACCUGCAGACCAGGAGCGGAAGAGGUUCUGCUGCUGGCUCGUCGGACCGAUCUGCGCCGGAUCUCCCUGGACCUCCCAGAUUUUACUGACGUUGUCCUGCAGGUGGGCGACAUCCGCCAUGCCAUCGCCAUCGACUAUGACCCGGUGGAGGGGUACGUGUACUGGACGGAUGAUGAGGUCCGGGCGAUCCGGCGUUCUCGGCUGGACGGAAGUGACGCACACACGCUGGUGAGCGCCGAGGUGGAGCAUCCAGACGGCCUCGCCAUCGACUGGAUCGCACGGAACCUGUACUGGACCGAUACUGGGACCGACCGCAUCGAGGUGACGCGUCUCAACGGCUCGGCCAGGAGGAUCCUCAUCUCCGAGGGACUGAGCGAGCCCAGGGCCAUCGUACUCGACCCCGUCAAUGGCUACAUGUACUGGACGGACUGGGGCCAGAGGCCGAAGAUCGAGCGCGCUAAUUUGGAUGGCUCGGAGCGCGUGGUGCUGGUGAACACUUCUCUCGGCUGGCCAAAUGGACUAGCGCUGGAUUACGCGAGAGGAAAGCUGUACUGGGGAGACGCUAAGACCGACAAGAUCGAGGUGAUAAACGUGGACGGGUCGAACAGAGCCACUCUGCUGGACGACAAACUGCCGCACAUAUUCGGCUUCACGCUGCUGGGUGACUACAUCUACUGGAGCGACUGGCAGCGGAGGAGCAUCGAGCGCGUUCACACCACCACCAUCACGCGCGAGGUCAUCGUCGAGCAGCUGCCUGAUCUCAUGGGCCUCAAAGCCACCAAGGUCACCGAGACUUUUGGCACUAACGGCUGCACCGAGAACAACGGCGGCUGCAGUCACCUGUGUUUUAACGGGCCGCGCGGUCUCACGUGCGCGUGCCCGAUGGGUCUGGAGCUCCUCAGUGAUCUGCGAACGUGUGUCGUUCCUGAAGCGUUCCUGCUCUUCACCAACCGCGUCGACAUCCGCAGUAUCUCGCUGGGAACCAACAGCAACGACGUGGCCAUCCCGCUCAGCGGUGUUAAAGAGGCGUCGGCACUCGACUUCGACGUCGCUGAAAACCGAAUCUUCUGGACCGACAUUAACACCAAGACGAUUAGUCGUGCGUUUAUCAACGGCAGCGGCGUGGAGUCGGUGAUCGAGUUCGGUCUGGAUUAUCCCGAGGGCAUGGCAGUGGACUGGAUGGGCAGGAACAUUUACUGGGCCGACACCGGAACCAACCGGAUUGAGGUGGCCCGUCUGGACGGGCAGUACCGCCAGGUUCUGGUGUGCAAAGACCUGGACAACCCGCGGUCGCUAGCGCUGGAUCCGGCUAACGGGUACAUGUACUGGACGGAGUGGGGGGGUCGGCCCCGGAUCGGCAGCGCUCACAUGGACGGGACCAACAUCGCCACGCUGGUGAAUAAAGUGGGCCGAGCCAACGGUCUGACCAUCGACUACGCGGACCAGAGACUCUACUGGACCGACCUGGACACGUGCAUGAUCGAGUCGAUUAACAUGCAGGGUCUGCAGCGUGAGAUCAUAGCCGAUGAUCUCCCGCACCCGUUCGGUCUGACUCAGUACCGGGACUUUAUCUACUGGACCGACUGGAACCUGCGCAGCAUUGAGCGGGCCGAUAAGCGGAGCGGGCAGAACCGGACCCUGGUGCAGGGACAGCUGGAGUACGUCAUGGACAUCCUGGUGUUCCACUCGUCACGACAGGACGGCUCGAACCAGUGCUCACACAACAACGGCCAAUGCGCUCACCUGUGUCUGGCCACGCCCUCGGGGGCGCAGUGUCGCUGUGCAUCGCAUUACACACUGCAACCCAACGGCCUGAACUGCAGCUCCCCCUCCAGUUUCCUGCUGUUCAUCCAGAAGAGCUCGAUCAGCCGCAUGGUUCUGGGAGAGCAGAGUCCCGACAUGAUUCUGCCGAUCCACGUCCUGAAGAAUCUGCGAGCGAUCACCUUCGACCCGCUGAAGCGCUUCAUCUACUGGAUCGACGGGAAGCAGAGCAUCCGCAAGGCCCGGGACGACGGCUCUCAGGCGGCGACCGUGGUGGCCCCGAGCUCGACGCAGCCUCUCAAACAGCCGCACGACCUCAGCCUGGAUCCGUUCAGCCGCACGGUGUACUGGACCUGCGAGAACACCAACACCAUCAACGUGCAGCGCAUGGACGGGCAGGUGGUGGGGGAGGUGCUGAGGGACGACGUGGACAAACCCCGGGCCAUCGUCGUCAACGCAGAGAAAGGCUACAUGUACUUCACCACGCUGCAGGAUCGCUCGGCGAAGAUCGAGGGCGCGUCUCUGGACGGGACGGAGCGCGAAUCCCUUUUCACGACCGGUUUGAUCCGACCCGUGGCGCUCGCUCUGGAUAACAAACUGGGCAAGCUGUUCUGGGUGGACGCCGAUCUGAAACGCAUCGAGAGCAGCGACCUGUCCGGAGCCAAUCGGAUCGUCCUCCAGGACUCCAACAUCCCUCAGCCGAUCGGGCUGACCGUGCUCGGGGAUCACCUCUACUGGAUCGACAAGCAGCAGCAGAUGAUCGAGCGCGUGGACAAACGCACCGGGGACAGGAGGACGCGUAUCCAGGGACGCAUUCAGUCUCUGACCGGAAUUCACGGCGUGGAGCUAAUGGAGACGGAUGAGUUCUCAUCGCAUCCCUGUUCCCGUGACAACGGAGGAUGCUCGCAUAUCUGCAUCGCUAAGGGAGACGGGACGCCGCGAUGCUCGUGUCCCGCACACCUGGUGCUGCUGCAGAAUCUGCUCAGCUGCGGAGACCCGCCCACGUGCUCGGCGGAUCAUUUCACGUGUGCGACGGGCGAUAUCGACUGCAUCCCGAUGGCGUGGCGGUGUGACGGCAUUCCGGAGUGCGCCGACAACAGCGACGAGAUGAACUGCCCCGUCUGCUCCGAGCAGCAGUUCCAGUGUCACGGUGGACAGUGUGUCGAUAGGAAACUGCGCUGCAACGGAGAACAGGACUGCACCGACGGCUCCGACGAACAUGACUGCCACGCCAUCUGCAUGCCCAAUCAGUUCCAGUGUAAAAAUAAUAAAUGCAUCUCAAAGAAGCAGCAGUGCGACUCGUACCCUGACUGCUCUGACGACUCAGACGAGCUUUUCUGCGAUUUCCCCCCACCCAGCGGUGAUGAGCGUCACACUAACACCAUCGGGCCGGUGAUCGGGAUCAUCCUGUCUGUCUUCGUGAUGGGCGGGAUGUGCUUCGUGUGUCAGCGGGUCGUGUGUCGCCGCUACAAAAGCCCGAGCGGGGGAUUCCCUCAUGAUUACAUCACAGGGACCGCCCACGUUCCUCUGAACUUCAUCAGCACCAAUAACACACAGCAUGCCAACUGUACAGGUAUAUCUUGUGGGAAGUCGCUUGUGAGCUCGGUCAGUCUGAUGGGGAGCAGCAGCAGUGGAGCGCCUCUGUACGACAGGAACCAUGUGACUGGGGCUUCAUCCAGCAGCUCAUCCAGCACCAAAGCUGCCUUUUACCCUCAGAUUCUGAAUCCUCCUCCGUCACCAGCCACAGAUCGCUCGCUCUACAACACUGAAGUGUUCUACUCGUCCAACAGCCCGUCAACAACCAGGUCUUACAGGCCUUAUGUGAUGCGUGGCGGGGCUCCGCCCACCACGCCCUGCAGCACGGACGUGUGCGACAGCGACUACACGCCGAGCCGCUGGAAGAGCAAUAAGUACUACAUGGAGGUGAACUGGGACUCGGAGCCGUGCCCGCCCCCGCCCACCCCACGCAGUCACUACAUGUCCGCCGAGGAGAGCUGUCCUCCAUCGCCCUCCACCGAGCGCAGCUACUUCCACCUGUGUCCACCUCCACCCUCGCCCUGCACCGACUCGUCCUGACCCCCUCCUCCCACAGACACGCACACACAAAGCCAUGUGGGCGUGUGUUUAUUUUUUCCUCACUCGUGUCCACAGACGUUUCUUUAUGAAAAGAAAUAAACCAAAAAGCCGUUAUUUUUUACAGCCGAGAUGUUGUACAUAUGUAUAAUAAAGUAAAUAAUAAUAAUAAUAAUAAUGACGAUAAUAAUAAUACCGACAUUGUCGUCGUCAUGGCGACGUGUCCUUCCGAUUGUUCUCUAUGUGAAGUUUUACAAAUUACGGAGCGUAUGUUUGGCUAGUUCUGUUUACCAAAAGUGUGUUUGCUGCUACUGUACAUAAUCCUUUAAUCUGAAUAAUGAUGAAAACAGCUGGCAAAGUCACGCCUCUACACCUGUAUAUACGUAAAUAAAGAAAUAAUACGAAUAUAAAAUCUGACCGUAGCUUGCUCGUGAAGUUGUACUGUUAGCGCUAAUGUUUUAAUCGUAAUGUUAUCGAUGUCAUGUCGAGGUUUCGGUUUCGCCCUUGCACAGGAUCGCUUGCGAGAGAGGGGAGGCGGGGCCGAACGUCUGAGCGCUCGGCCCACAGCUAAAUAUUUCAUCAUACGUAAACAAGUCCGUCUGAUUGUAGCGAAGACGAACACACUGUGCUGUUGCAGGAAGGGCGGAGUUACUGAUAGUACACACCCCUGUACUUGCGUCACACUUUUUAUCCAGUAAAAGUUAAAAGUGAACUGUGAAGUUAGCGUUCACUGACGCCACAGCAGCUACACACGCGAACUAAUGACGGCUUGUCACGUUACAGAGACACCUGUCAAUCAUCUCAUUAGCCACGCCCUGCUAGUUUAAUAACAGGUAUGGUAUAGAAAUAAAGUGUGGAAAUAAACAGCAAGUUGUGACCAUAUAAGGAAAGCGAAAGGGUUAGGCUAAGGCUUAGCGUUCGUUUGGAACUCGCUCUUCCUCUCGCCCUGACGGUUUAAUACUCUCGCUUCAGCUCACGUCCUCGUGUCGCUGUGUUUUAUAGAAAUUCUCAGAGUUUAAGGUUUUACAUGAAGCACUUAGAUUAAAGAAGUGUCUGGAACUUUCUGGAAACCGCAUGCUGACGUUACGCGUCACAUGACCAUGAAGUGCUGGACUGUUAACCACAUUAACCUCGCUGUGAUGUCACAAAACCAACCAAUUAGCAGCUCUGAUUUGAACACGCUCCCUCUGUCUCUCCGUCAUUUACCGCUCUUCACCACUCUCUCCACUCUUCCAUUCUCUUCUCUUUCUCCCUCUCUUUUCUCUCUCCCUCCAGGUUAGUUAUUUUUUUUGCACUUAUCUUUCUUUCCCCUUUAUCAUUCAUCUCUCUCUCUCUUUUGUUUCAAGCAUUCUUUUUUCAUUUCUUUUUCCCUUUUAUCUUUCUGCUUUCCUCCCAUCUUCCCUCCUUGGUUUCCGUCUCAGACGCAGGUCGAGUUUAUUCUAACGCUAAAGGCGAUGUGCUUCCAGAAAACUCCUUAGGGUUAAGCAAUAUUUUCUUUUUUUUGUGAUUAUGAUGAAUUUGUCUUUGAUUGAAAACUGAAGCCUCAUUAACUAAUUAAUUAAUUAACUCAUUAGGGUCACGCCCCGGGUGUGUUUAAGCCCUGAGUGUGACUGACUCGCCUUAUUCUGAUCAUAUAACGUCUCGAUUCUGUCUCAGUUUCAUCAUUCAGUGAUUUUUAUUUCUUGAUAAAUGUAAUUUCUGUUUGGUUAGUGUGUGUGUGUGUGUGUGAGUGUAUGAGUGUGCAGCGUCCACACUGCCAGCCAGCUUCAGAUCAGCGUUUAAUGUACAGAUGCCUCAUGUAAUGCACAUUUGUGAUGAUUUUUUUUCUAUCAAAUACAUUUUUAUAUAUAAUAAAGGUUCUAUUUUACGGAG